AUGCAGGCGAUAUUGGAUAGCUGUGAGUCCAACGUUUCAUCAACUUCCUCGUCAAUCAUCAAGACAUUUGAUGAAGGAUCGACAUCAUCAACACAGCUGUUGGCAGGAGGCACUGACACACAUGGUACGACUGGAAUAGUCUCUGCGUCGUCUGAAGACCCUAUAAAACUGCCUGACGCACGCGAUCAUGGUGACGUUACUUCUACAGAUGUUGUAGAAU